GCUUCGCCGGCCCGUCGGGUCUCCCCCGCCCGCGCUCUCCGAGCCACGAGUCUGCGGCGCCCUUUCUCUCCGUGCUUGGGCGCGUUCCGCUGCGUCUCCCCUGCGCCCGCGUGAGCCUGCUCCGCCCCACGCGCGGGCUCGCGCUUCGGUUUCGGCCCGGCUCUGGCCAGCGGCGCCACCGGGCCUUUUCUUCCCGCUCGGCACACAGCGCGGGGCCGGCACCAUGCUCUUCUACUCCUUUUUCAAGUCCCUUGUGGGCAAGGAUGUGGUCGUGGAACUCAAGAAUGACCUGAGCAUCUGUGGAACCCUCCAUUCUGUGGACCAGUAUCUCAACAUCAAGCUGACUGACAUCAGUGUCACAGACCCCGAGAAAUACCCUCACAUGCUGUCCGUGAAGAACUGCUUCAUCCGGGGCUCUGUGGUCCGCUACGUGCAGCUGCCGGCGGAUGAGGUGGACACACAGCUGCUGCAGGAUGCGGCGCGGAAGGAAGCCCUGCAGCAGAAACAGUGACCUGCGCGGCCGAGCUCUCUCGGCUGGGGCCCUCCCUCCCCUUUCCCGCGACACUAGAGGGGUUUUGCUCUCUUUUUUCUUUCUCUAAGGAUUGUGUGAGAGUAGCAAGGAGCAGCCGUCCUUCGAGAAGCAGCCUGCCCCGCUCCUGCCUUCCCGGCCCGCCCGCAGGGCUGGGGGCUUCUGCGGGAUUCCAGGGCAGUGUGUUCCCGGGACGGGAGGAAUCUGUCCCGCAUCGGGAAUAAAUGUGUGCAGACUUGGG